GUCUCGCAUCUUCGACGAACGCUUCUGGCAUGUGAGACAUUCGUAGAGUUUCAGUUUACGAAGAUUGAUAAGACGGCUGGCUGUUCUCCGCCGAGAAAUGAUAUAUGCACAAUCAGCCAGACGUGCAAGUACACAUUUGUGGCUUGCGUGACAGCUUCGAGUUCAUGACCAAUUGGUGGGAGGUGGAAUUAGGGCACCAAUGCGGAUGUGAAGUCUACGCUGAGAAAUUACAGCGGACGCGGAGUGUCAUCAAUCGGAACCCGACGUCUCUCCCAGGAGCGAAGAGAGAUAGAAUGGACACCGUACAGCAGAAAAUGCAGGAUACGACUCCAGGUGUAUCUCUUGUCCCAGACCUCCAUUCUCAUGUUCUAUGCGCCUGGACUAUAAAGCAGUCGUCGUCAUGAUCUACUGCCGAUAUCCAGACAAGCGUCGACGAUAGAUGGACCCUUGACUUUCGUUGUGCAGGAGUGUUCCUCAAUCUGAAGUAACAUUGGAAAGUCUCUCACGUCAGCAUCAGGUACACUGUCAAUGACGAAUUUUAG